AUGACGGGCACGCCUGGCGCCGCUGCCACCCGGAAUGGCGAGGCCCCCGAGCGCUCCCCACCCUGCAGUCCGAGCUACGAUCUUACGGGCAAGGUGAUGCUUCUGGGAGACUCAGGCGUCGGCAAAACCUGUUUCCUGAUCCAAUUCAAAGAUGGGGCCUUCCUGUCCGGGACCUUCAUAGCCACUGUCGGCAUAGACUUCAGGAACAAGGUGGUGACCGUGGAUGGUAUGAGGGUGAAGCUGCAGAUCUGGGACACCGCAGGGCAGGAGCGGUUCCGCAGUGUCACCCACGCUUAUUACCGAGAUGCCCAGGCCUUGCUCCUGCUGUAUGACAUCACCAACAAAUCUUCCUUCGACAACAUCCGGGCCUGGCUCACUGAGAUUCACGAGUACGCCCAGAGAGAUGUGGUGAUCAUGCUCCUAGGCAACAAGGCGGAUGUGAGCAGUGAAAGGAUGAUCCGUUCAGAGGACGGAGAGAUGCUGGCCAGGGAGUAUGGAGUUCCCUUCAUGGAGACCAGCGCCAAGACGGGCAUGAACGUGGAGCUAGCCUUUCUGGCCAUUGCCAAGGAGCUGAAAUACAGAGCCGGGCGGCAGGCUGACGAACCCAGCUUCCAGAUCCAAGACUACGUGGAAUCCCAGAAGAAGCGGCCCAGCUGCUGCUCUUUCUUGUGAAUCCCAAGGGGCUGCGAGGACGCUCCAGAGACACACAAGGACGCAGCCUUCUCCCUCAGACCUGGUUUAUUCUAAGUGGCUGAGCCAACGAGGAGAGAGUUGGGGGACCCAGUGCACAGCCCCUCCGUACUCCUGCCCCUAUUCUAGCUGCUGUAGCUUCCCUGCACCCCCGGAGGAGGGUAAAAUACUUAUAUUUCAUUUUAAUGAUACAUAAUCUAAUCAAAAGGGCACCAGAAAGCGGAGGAAGGGAGCUGGUGCCCCUUUUGCCUUCCAGUGCUAGGACUCAGGGGCCUGGGCCUCCCUCCUAACCACGAUGAGGGUGAUAUUGCUUCAGCUCAGCACCAGGGGGCACUGGUGCACUUCUGGGGUAUGAGGCAGGUAGUGACCCCAUUCCCACCCUUCAGCUGGCAAGAGGCUGAGCAGACCCAGGCCUUCAUUUCCUCCGGCUCCGCAGAGAACAAUCUUCCCCAAUAAGACAGGGCCCUUGUGCCGGGAGCUAGACCAAAGCCUCGGGAAGAUAAGAGAUGUGGAGAUUGGGCGGGGACCCAGUUCCCUGGGGCGAGGUAGGGAGAGGAGUAACAGAGAUUAGGUCUGUCUGUUUGGCUACCUCUGGCCUUACUAGCCCCUCUCUGGGAGGUGUACCCCAUUUCCCCCAGCCCACAAGCACAUUAGGGCACCUGGAAACAUCUGGAUCCUAUUCGCUGGACCUCAGAUCCCAGGGGAGCCCCUCCUCCCUGAAUCCCUGGCCUUAUCUUCCUACCUUUCUGCCUGUGUCCCCAGACACCUACAGUUACUGAUAGGGAAAGGUUAUUCUUCUGUCCCAAUCCUUUGGCAGGUAUGCAGCCCACAGGCUACUUCUUCAAGCCGCUGUAGUACUUCCACUGGAUAAAGAGCCAGAUAAAAAGAAAGCCCUGACUCCUGGAGUAGGUGGGAGGUAGAAGUGAGCAAACCUCACCCCAUUGUGUAACCCCUAAACCCAGGUGCCAUCUCCUCCCUGAUCAGCCACAUCCCUUUCUUCUCAGAUGGACAUUAGGGCCCAAACUGCUUUAUCUCCCUCCGUACUGAGCCUGGUUAGGGAGUGAGAGGUUAUCCGUUUCUGGGAAAAUCAACGCAUUGUAUGCAAAACAAGGUCAUGUGGGUGGGGAGACGGGCAGCAAGGAGUUUACAUGGGGCCAAGGUCACAUGUCUCCCAAAGCCCUGACCCCAACAAUGGGAAGAGGGCAGGAGACGUGAAGAUUAUGACCUAGAGGCACCUUUACUCCAGCUCUGUUCACCAGGGGUGGGGAGAUGGGUGAGAAAGGUAUGCACUGUACAUUUCUGAGGUUGCUGCAUUUGCUUUCAAGGCAGAAAUCUUGCUCCCAGAGCAGAGUCAGCAGCUUCAACUCAGGCCGAUAAGGAAGGUCUCCAGGCUUCUCCCAGGCAGAGCAGGGAGGAGCCUGACCUUGCCGGGUUCUUCUGGGGCCCAAGGCAGGUCGCAGGCAAUCCAAUCACAUGGGCUGCUCUGGGCCUCUAGCAUUUGUGUUUUUCAGAAGUAAAUGGCAGUAUUUUGGAAAGUA